CGACAGCCCUGCCUCCGGUGUUUGCAGGGCUCAGGGCGGCGCGGGUGCUCUCUGGGGUUUCUCAGGGCGCCCUCGCCUCCCCUGGCCCCACGCACGGGCAGUUCUUUUGGAGUUGGGCGUGCGGGUGAUCUUUUGGGCCCCACGCAGUUCUUUUGGAGUUGGGCGUGCGGGUGAUCACGCUUAACUUUUACAUUCAGACUCUGAAUCGUAGCCAUUUGAGGAUCGCUAUGCUUACCCGAGGGGGUAGUGGCGUCGGAGGGCCGGUCAGCAGUGGGUGAAAAGGAGACAGGGAAUCUGCUUUUCUGAGUGACUUUAGGCGAACCCCUUCACCUCUCCAGGCGUCCCAGGAAAGGCGUCCUUUCUUUAUAAGAACAUGGUGUUAAAAGUGGGAACUUGAAAGCACCGCGGAGAAAUGCAGUGGGACCACUUCUCCACCAAGCCGAUUUUUGGAUCUGGGACCGAGCCUGGGCAAUCUCUCUCUCCGCCCUGCCUCUGGCGCCCAGGUCUUUGCUUCGUGGAGACAGGAUGGACAGAUUCCUGGUGAAAGGGGCGUUAGGGGACCUUUUGGGAAAGAGGGAGCGAGAGGUGAGCGGAGAAGGUCCAGCAGGCCGGCAAGCGGACCAGGAGGGUGGCAGGAAAAGGCCGAAGGCGGAGACCCCGGGGAAUGCAGGCCACCAGGCCGGCCCCAGCUGGCAGCACAUCCGGGCUGAGGGCCUGAGCUGUGAUUACACAGUCCUGUUUGGCAAAGCCGAAGCAGACAAGAUUUUCCAGGAGCUGGAGCGGGAAGUGGAGUAUUUUACAGGCGCGCUGGCCAGGGUCCAGGUGUUUGGGAAGUGGCACAGUGUGCCCAGGAAGCAGGCGACCUACGGCAACCCCGGGCUGACCUACACGUUUUCGGGCCUUACUCUGUCUCCAAAGCCCUGGAUCCCAGUUCUAGAGCGCGUCCGGGAUCGUGUUUCUGCGGUGACUGGAGAGACCUUCAACUUUGUGCUCGUUAACAGGUACAAAGAUGGCCGUGACCACAUCAGUGAACACAGAGAUGAUGAAAGGGAACUGGCUCCCGGGAGCCCCAUAGCCUCGGUCUCCUUCGGGGCCUGCAGAGAUUUCUUCUUCCGGCAUAAGGAUUCUCGGGGGAAGCAGCCCUCCCGGAAGGUGGAGGUGGUCAGGCUUCAGCUGGCCCACGGAAGUUUGCUUAUGAUGAACCACCCGACCAACACUCACUGGUAUCACAGUCUCCCCGUCCGAAAGAAGAUUCUAGCUCCACGGGUCAAUCUGACAUUUCGCAAAAUUCUGCCUACUAAAAAGUAAAAACUUUGUCAGCAGUUUGUAAGUCUAAUUUCUCCUCCCUCUCUACUCCAGGAGGGAACUGGCAUCCCCUUUCUGAAAAGGGAACACAGAAGAGGUUUAAUCCAAGCGUGGGGCUUAUUGCACAGCAAUGCAGGAUUCCGAAAGAGGAUGGCUUUAUCAAAUUGGUCAAGUAUGAAAG